UAUUUUAGAGCAGCCAACCACUGGUCGAAGCUACAACAGGCUGACUUUUGCUGUGAAAUGAGCUCUGACUUGAGCGUAACGCCACACCUGCUAUUAAACAAAGGGAGGGACUUUGCUCAGAGCCGAUCUGUCACGGCUCACCUCGGUGUUCCGCGGUUCCACCUCGGUCUGAGACGGACUGCUCUGAAAAUCCGACCUGAACUGCGUCCACAAAAACUUUAAGGCGCCGCCUUUAAGUUUCGUUUCUUCGUCACUGCAGCUGUAGAUUUCAUGAUGGCCGAAGCCGACGACUCUGGCUUUUCUCUCAUGAGCCUGGAGGACGAGCUGACCUGCAGCAUCUGUCUGAGCACCUUUGACUGCCCGGUCACCAUCCCCUGCGGACACAACUUCUGCCAGAACUGCCUGCUCGCCACCUGGAAGGACUCCUACAGCUGCCCCCAGUGUCGGACCCUGUUCGCCACCAGGCCGGAGCUGAAGAAGAACACGGUCCUCAGCACCGUGGUGGAGACCUUCAGGGUCAGGUCCAACAAGACCGAAGGUGGUGGUGGUGCUGCUGCUGCAAGCAAACCCGAGAAGAAGAGGGAUGUGGUCCGCUGUGACACGUGUAUGGAGGCCGAGGCAGCCCAGACCUGUCUCACCUGCAUGGCCUCCUUCUGUGAGGAGCACCUGCGGCCCCACCGGGAGAACCCCAUUUUCCGCCUCCACCAGCUGUCGCCCCCCGUCGGGGACCUGAUGGAGCGGAUCUGCACCGACCACCACAAGCUGAUGGAGCUCUUCUGCAGCCAACACCAGCGUCCGAUCUGCAGCCUCUGCCUGCAGCAGGUCCACAAAGGCUGCUCCUUCACCUCUCCAGAGGAGCAAAGGAGCAAGAAAGAGGUGGACCUGAGAGAGAAGUUAGUUUUUCUGGAUGGAAAGCUCUCGAAGAACGAGAGUGUAAUUUCUCAAAUGAGGGUCAUGCAGAACAAGCUAAGGGAGUCGGCCAUCCACAGGAAAAGUGCCUUGUCGGCCGGGUAUCAGCAGAUGCGGGACAUGAUGACCAGAGAGGAGGGUGACGCCCUGAAGGCAAUAGACAAAGAGGUGGAGACUGGUGAAACCAAAAUCAGAGGUCUCAUCUCAAAGUUCAGCGAGAACGUCGACAACAUCGGCAAAGCUAAAGAGGAAAUCUUCUGUCUGCUGGGUCAGUCCCAAACCCUGGCCUUCCUGCAGACUUCAUUUAACCUUCCCCAGGCUGUAAGCUAUGACCCUUACAGCCCUCGAAUCACUCUGGACUCCAAGAAGGUCGUGCAAUCCGAGGCCUUUGCUUUGACAUUGAAGAACUACCUGACAGAGCUCUUGAAGCAACCCGUGGAGGCCAGAAUCCCCAAACUCAUAGCAGACAUAAAUACUGGCACAUUUGCAGCGGGUGAAAGAGCAGCUUCUGCCUCUGGGCAUUCAACUACGAGUCUUGGACAGGAAUCCGAUCCAAGCUUUCCCCUGCCGAACCCUCGACUCCCCAGAUCCCACAGUCCAGCUCCUCAGGCCAAACCGGCCCAAAAGAAGAAACCUCAAAAAGCCCCAAAAAACCCUUCACUGACCACCGAAACCAAUCCAGGCAAUAAGAAACUGGGAAAAUCUAUAGAAAACCUGAUGGAGUUUGGUGUGAAAGAAAAACCAAGGGGACGUCCUGCUGCUGCUGAAAACAAAGAAGUAACUGAGACUACAGACAUUCCCUCAGAGAUAAGCUCUGCCGAGAAACGAAGUGACCUUAUGAAAUAUGGCACCGUGCUCAAUUUUGAUCAAAGAACGGCCCAUAAACGCAUCGAACUAAGCGAGAAUUUCACCAAGGCCUCGGUGUCUGACGAGCACACAAACUACCCCGACUGCCCAGAGCGCUUCGCCGUCUGCUCCCAGGUCAUGGCCUCCAAGGGCUUCUCCGCAGGCCGCCAUUACUGGGAGGUGCGACUGAGCAGCAACAACUUCAUCGGCAUCGGGCUGGCUUACAGCAGCAUCGACCGCAAGGGCCCCACCAGCAGGCUCGGUCGCAACAGCAAGUCCUGGUGCGUCGAGUGGUUCAACGUGAAGCUGUCGGCCUGGCACAACAGCUCGGAGGCGGUGCUGGUCAAUCCGAACCCGAAGCGCGUCGGGGUGCUGCUGGAUUGUGAGGAGGGCAGGGCUACGUUCUACAACGUGGCAGACAGGGCGUAUCCCUUCCAUUCGUUUAGUUUUCAGUUCGCUGAGGCCGUCUACCCAGCCUUCUGGAUUUUCUCCAGUGGCUCUUACAUUACUCUGUGCAAGCUUCAGUAGAGUUCGACGUGCAGUUAAAAUGUGAAAGCUGCAUUAUUUACGGUGAAGCAUGAGGAAAAACACAAGACUAUCUGGUGCGUCAUUCAGCACUGGUUAGUCUGGAAUGAGGAAGUGGAAAUAAAACAGUAAUCAAAGUAAGGAUCCUUAUUAACCCAACUAAAAUGUUUAUUUAAACUACAAACCAAAAAUUACCAGUGUGUUUCUCUGUGAUUGGCUAAUACAUACUCCAUUUAACUUCUUCAUCACACUUGUAUCCAACAAUUUCCCUCAUUAUCGUCACUACUAGGCAUACUACGCAUUAUAGGCAUACUACGCAGGAGGUAUUUCUAAACUCAAAGUUUCUAGUUUCCAUUGAACUGUACUUUGCAAGACAGAACUCACUUUGAGAGAUAUUGUUGUUUUAAUAUCACAAGAUCCAGAAACAAACAUAUUUACAAGUUAAGCAGCUAAAGCUAAGACAAUAUAAAAGUGGGGGGUCAUUGAUUAGUGGUCAGUUGGUUUUACUUGAAGUCUUCCCCCAGAUAAAUUGGCAACAUAAAAUAAGACGAGGAGUUCCUACAAUGACACAUUAUGUUUAUGUUUAGCUAUACCUUGCUUAGUAUACCUUUAAACACUUCUUUCUUGAUUAUUUUAUUUCCCUAGUCAGUAAAGACGCUCCAUGGUGUUCUCACCCGUACGUAUGUGGAUCUGUCUUUAUUUUGGUUGGACCAUUCCUUUAUGCCCUGUCAUAAGGUGAUCCUUAUACAAGGAUUAUUAAGGCUAUGAUUCGGUGCUGACUGACUAAGCGGACAGAUGAAAGCCUUAAUACAUAAAUGGGUGGGAAGGGCUGAGGGUGGAUCAUAAUAAAGCACUUAGCUCUUGGUGGACGGUGUUGGAGCUUCGGUUUUGGUCAUACGGCUGAAAGAGAAGCUGGUGUUGGUAUUUGGUUUAGAGUAAAAGCUGCUGAAGCAUUUUACUCGAGUGUUUGGAUUUGGUGAUUGGGACUAGCUUCUGUGUUUUGUUCCUAAUUAUGGGAUGUAUUUAAAGGAAAACAUUUGAUUUUAAAACAUCCAGUGUAAUUAAGGAAUAAGACUUGACUGUCUUUCAAUCAGUGUGGAUUGGAGAUAGUCACACUUUUUUUUUUUUCGUUUUUCUUUUCUUAAUCUGAAACAGAAAAUAUACAGCAGGGCAGGAGCUGAGCUUGUGGCAGUGGACCAGAUUAUUACUAUUACACUCUUAAAAUAUGUGUUAUGAGCGAUAAUCUGGGUUCAGUUUUUCAGAUCUGUUUUUGAAAUUCCUGCACAAUAUCAGAAAAUCACUUGCAAUAUUCUUGUGAAAUACUGCAGUGAUUAUUUCAGUUGCGACAAAUCCACAGUGAUAUGAUCACACUUCAGGUUAAGGAGUGUACUGAUGGAUUUAGAAACUUUACAGACCCUGUUUCUCCAGUGUUGCUCUGUCCUUUUAAGGCAUCUGGCAGCAAAUCUUUUUGAACAAACACCUGCAAAGUCUUUACUUUUGACUGCUGGGUGUUUGCUUCCUAUGAGCAUGCAGGUCUUUCAGCUUCCACUUUGUUCAGGGAGAAGUUGAGAAGCUUGAUAUCGAGGCUUUGGUAUUUGGAAAUGGGAAGAAAAGAGUUGUAAAAAAAAAAAAAAAAAAAAAGAAGUACACCCAACAUGAUAAAAUUCUUACAAUUCAGUAAAAUCAUCUCUUACCACAAAAAAUCAAUUUUAGGUUAGUAAAUCUUGUUUAAAUUGUGAAAAUGAAUCGCUUGUCAUUUUAUGUGCAGUGUUUUUAUAUUAAGCAAUGCGUUUUAAAACCUGCUUUUAUUUGUAGAGGAGGCUAUAAAGACCAGAUGGAGAAUCACAGCAAAAAAAGUAUAUGAUGAGAUGAAAAUAUUACUUGUCCACACUAUGCCAAAUCUUAGAAAUCAGAGUAAAUGGAUACGUUUACUUUGUCGGGAUUACCAAGCCUUGAGUGUUGACUUCAUUUCUUUGAUCAGAGCAGACGUCAUAUAGAGUCUGUUUCACUAAAGAAAUGAAACAUCCGUUUCUCUCUUUCGUUCACCUGGAAGACUUUUUUUGGCUUCACUGGUGGCGUUUGGAUGAGGAAAAGAUGGAGAGAACGGGGAUAUUCAGCAACAGUCCAGGUCCAGAUUUGAACUUGGUUCUGUUGUGCCCCACAGAGAUGAAACACUUUAGUUUCCUCUAAAAGUUGGGAAAGCGAGCCAACGGGAUGCUCUGUUGGCUUAAUGUGAGCUGACUAUAAGGAGGGAAGAUUUCCAAUUCAUGAAGUUUUAUGUUGCCUGAUGCUUUCCUGAUGCUUACUAGAAGUGCUUUCAGCUACUAUUAAGAUGAGUAAUUAAUCAAUCUUUUCUUCUGCUGUUUCAAGCCUAAAAUCAUUCUAAAUAAGUUCUUUUAAUGGAAUAAACGAUAAUGAUCUGUUAGAAUGUGUUGUAUUUAAUCAUCUGAUUGAAUCACAAGUUUGCACCAUCAUGAGGCGCAAACUUGUGUGCCUGUUUGCCUUUCUUCAAUGCAAUGUAAUUUUUCUUUUGGAUUAAUAAAGUAUAAUUGAUUGAUUGAA